AUGAAGAUGGCUUCCUCGAAAAUGUUGGUUGUAUUCACUCUCACCAUUCUCAUUGCGGUCUCCUCCGAUCUAGUAUCCGGUAAUUUUUCAUCAGGGGAGCCUUCGAGCCAACUCUGCUUCAAUCCUUGCACUCCUACACUUGGCAACAACGAGUGCAAAACGAUUUGUGUGAAUAAGAAAUACAAAGAGGGUUCUUGUGUUGGUUUUGGAAUUCCCCCUACUUUCAAAUAUUGUUGUUGUAAUAACUAAAUAAUUAUUAAUUAGAGU